CAUGUGACCUAAUUCCACCUAGUUACAGAGAAAGCGUCGCUAAGGAAAGUGAAUGAGGAGAGCCAUGGAUUCGCAGCAAGAAGAUUGUUUACUACUUCUUAAAGGACACCAAAACUUUAUGAAUACAGAAAGUGAUUUAACUUGCUAAAAACAGGUUAUGGCAACUGACAUAAUUCGGUCAUUCAGGAUUUUGCAGUGUUGCGACGUCGUUCUCUGGCUUGCUUAUUCAUCCAUCGUAGCAUGAAAGAGAUAAAACAAGAUUAGUUAGCUAGCAUGUUGCCCGCUAGCUAACGCUAGCAAACCGACGGCGUACAUUUCUAUACCGAGGCGCUAGGGACAAGCAGGGCGAGACAGAGGAACAGGGCUUCCCUGUUCUGCUCUGUAGGGCGGCUGCCUGACGGACAUACCAGCCUUCACAGCAGAAAGACUGGACACAUCUGAACAUGGGUAAACUUCAAAGCAAAUUCAGACGACGGUCUGACAUGUACAGGACGUCCAGGGGUGACGCAGCAGAGAUUGCUUCCAGCAGUCAGGUGGUCCAGCAUGACCCCGCCCACUCUGGCUCCAUCAACUGUGUUACCUGCCUGACACCAGACCUGUGUGUGUCUGGAGGGAGUGACCAGGCUGUGGUGGUCUAUGACUGGAGAGGAGGCAGGCUGUGUCAGUCUUAUCAGGGCCACAACAGAGAAGUCACCAAGGUGGUGUGCUUCCCAGGUAGCACCUGGAUCUUCAGCGCAUCGCGGGACAAGUCUGUGCUCAUGUGGGACAUCAACCAAGGGGACGAGCCCAUACAGGAGUUCUGUGGUCAUGAGCUGGUGGUCAAUGGUGUGGCGGUCAGCCCUGAUGGGACCAAGUUAUGCACCGGUUCCCGUGACAACACCAUGUGCCUCUGGGAUAUCGAGUCUGGGGAGUGUGAACAGAGGAACACCAUCUCUAGAAACCUGGUGACUCAUGUGUGCUGGGUUCCUGGAAGCUCCUCCAUAGUCCAGACAUCUGAGGACAAGACAAUCAGGGUGUGGGACAGUAGGUCGUGGCAAGUGACCAACACGUUCCCGGCAAAGCAGUACAUCCAGACCCACUGUGACAUCAGCUCCAACGGCCACUACCUGCUGUCCAGCAGCAACGGCUUCGGAGGCCAGGGCUGCGAAGCCACGGUGAGGCCAGGGCGAGGCCAGGGCUGUGAGGCCACGCUGUGGGACCUCCGUCAGCCUGGCUGUAAGGUGGUGGAGUACAGGGGUCACCUCCAGACCACAGCCUGCUGUGUGUUCCUGCCCCAGAGCCCCUCCGGACCCCCCAUGGUGGCCUCCUCCUCGCACGACAGCUCCGUCAAGAUCUGGGACCAGAACACUGCAGCCUGUCUAGGGACCCUGAUCCUGGACGGGGCUGGCCCUCUGGUCUCCCUGGCGACGUGUGACCCUGCCAACCUGAUCUGUGCCAGCUUCAACACAGGCCUGCACCUGCUGCAGCUUGGGCAGGGGGGUGGAGACAUCAGCCUGACCGAGGUGGCGCGCUUCUGACCCCACGCGCCGAACGACGACGUCGCCGUGGUUAUCUGGGGGUGCACUGAGACCUCCCUGCCUAUGGAUGGACCACAGACACCCCCCCCCCCCCCCCCUGUGGAGAGGGGAGGAGGCCUUUAGAAAGAGGUCCUCACUCUGAGGCCACCUUCCCUUGGUGGGGUUUGAAGGCUGCAGCGUAGCAGACAGGACGGAGGGAGAACCGAAGGGACGUUCCGGAACACUGAGUCAUUCUGGAACUUCCUGGUCUUCUCAGAACAGUAGAGGGGGGCCCAGUGUCUGGGUGACGGAGGAGUAGUGGAGCUGUGCUAGGCUAGGCUGCUAGCUACCUGGCUUAUGGUGUUUGCUUAAGGUAGCACUUAGCGGUCAGUAGACUUAUGUGACUGUAGAAGAAGGUAAACGUCUCGCUAAUUUCUGACAUUAUGAUUAAAAAAAUGAUUGGACAGUUGUUUCGGACCAGUGGACUCAAGAAUAAGGACUUCCUACUUGUCCAUUGAUCCUGUUGCAGCAACAGACUGUCUGAAGCUCUGCUCUGCCACCUACUGGACUGAACCAAACCAAAGAAAUUAUGAGGCUGGUAGUUCAUAACAAUUUGUGGAUCAUUGGAUCCUUUAGACAUUGAUGUUCAAAACAUGUCAACUGUAUUUUAUAUUUUUAAAUUGUUAAUUAACAAAAACCAACUAGGAGACUUUAUAACCAGGCUCUUGCUUUGGAGGAACAUAGCAUUGGGUCUUUAUUUUGAUAGAAAAAUGUGAGUUUAUAUUUGGUAAAAUAAAGAUGUAAAUCUCCA